GCCGCCGGUGCGGGCGGCGGCUGCAGUUGUCACCGGCAGCAGCAGGGCAAGGCAGGGGCGGGGAGGGUGCUCCGUCCCCGGGACCGUCGCCGCCCGCUGGCCUCUCAACGGAGCCCUUUCCCCUUCGUCCAUCUCCUCCGUCCCUGCCGCCAUGACCACCACGACCACCUUUUCGGGCAUGGACCCCAGUGGCAGGAACAGCUCCAGAGUGCUGCGUCCUCCUGGUGGCGGGUCCAACUUUUCCUUGGGUUUUGAUGAACCGAAAGAACAACCUGUGCGAAGGAACAAAAUGGCAUCCAGCAUCUUUGGAACUCCUGAAGAAAACCCACCUUCCUGGGCUAAAUCAUCGGGGACUAAGCCAGGUGAAAUCAGAGAUGACUGUGAAUCAUCUGGACCACAAAGAAGAAACUCAACUGAUGCAAACUGUGGAGACUUUGUAGAUCCCAAGGGAGGAGACGGUGGUGGUGAAACUUCUGAGCGCAGAAGCUGAGCCCCAUGAAUAAUGCAGCUGAUAUCAGGAAGAAACUGGAGUUGUAGAAGACAUAGUGGAAAUCACUAGUUACAUCUACCAGGAGACCUGAAAUAGAAGCCACGGCUUAGUCAAAGAGAAGAUGCAUACUAAAGGCAACUAGGUGACAUUUACAUAAAUGUUAAACCUAGAUCAUUCAGCAAACUGCUAUAUACAAAAGAUAAGCAUUCACAGAUGAGUUAAGUUCUCUUCUCUAGAUUCUAGGGGUUGUUCGUUUUUUUGUAGUCACCACUCGGGUGAUGUUUCUGCUUCUGUAUAAAGUAUUUCUCAAUACACAGAAAAAUCGGGACAGAAAGGGAAUUGUAGCUUUUCCCCAACCAGCUGAUUCAUUUCGUUUACCCAGCAGAGGACCCCUGUGCCCCUGCCACUCACUGGAUUUUGGAAUGAGUGACCUUAUUACAUCCUAGGUCAGAAAACAGAACAAAUAGAUAGGGAAAUCUCUCAAAAAUUGACAUGUUAGGGUCUCUAAACUGAAACUUGUUGCUAAUAGUGUGUAAUCAGGGAGAAGAAAAUUCACAGCACAACAAGCAUUAUGACUAACAUUAAGUGCCCUCAAUAUAAAACAUCUAGAAGCGUGAUAUAUCAAAUAAGUAAUUUAAUACUAAUGUUAGAGAUGGAAAGGCGAUACUCAGGUCAAAUAUACAAUGCCUUCUGUAGGCUGCUUAUUUAUAUGGAAAUACUGGAAUAAUGUUUGUUUGCUUGUAUUCUUCAGUAAAGAUUGGUAAUGUUUCUUUUCAUAGUGCACUUUUCUUUAGCAGAUUUUAGGACUUCAGAUAAAAAUAGUGCUGCUUUUACUGUACUUCGUUUUGCCCAUCUGCCACUCCUAUUACAGAUGUCCAAGAAAAGACCUUUUUUUGCACUUUUCUCGAAGUGACUGACACUAAUGCCAGGGAAUACCAUGAAAUAUGGUACAUGUUAUCAUCCCGUUCUUAGAACAGACAUGAUUUUCCUGCUGAAUAGUACACAAUUCAUUGCCUGGAGAAGAGAACUAAAGCCUGAAUUGAGGAUUCAUGCUCAGGUUCACAUUUCUUGUUAGUCUUUUGAAUUUGCUGCUGUACUGCAGGAGCAGGUGCGUCUUGGACAGGUCACUUAGUGGCAUUUGGAGUGAACCGUGAAAUCUGUGAAUAAUUUAUUGGAUUUCAGGUCAUAACUAGCUCCUUUCUUGUCUCCAGAGAAAAAUCAAUACACUCUGGAACUUGGAAAGAAGAGUGAACAGAAGCUUUUACUAUAAGGCUCUUGAAUAAUGUAAGACUGGUAAUAAUUCUGAUCACAGUUAAUUUGUUUAAUGGGAUGUUUGCAAUUCCUUGACACUUCAUAGAUAAAACAAUGCAAACUGGCAAAGCAGUGAAAGAGUUCAUAGACUGCAAGAUCCUACCACAGUAAUUCCUCUCUAUGACUUCCCUCUCACUGGAAAAAAGCUCUCAUCACUCCUAUACCUAUCAAAGCUGCCUUUUUUCACUGUCUGGUGUUGCUGCAGUGACAUUUGGGCAGCUGCAGAAAUGACCUUCCUUCAGCUGUGAGAAGGGGCUGAUCAUGCCUUUCCAACUCUCCCUUUUAUAUUGCUCCCUUUGCAUAACUCACUUGCCUGUAUGGGUUUGGAAAUGCCCUUAUUUUUCUUUAUUCUUCCAAACACUUGUCACCAGUGUCUAAACAACCAGUUUUUCCCCAGCCUGCUCUAAUAACUUCUCUCACCUGUGAGAGGGGGUCCGAUGAGGAGAGUGAUACUCUCCAGGAUGGUGAAGAGCCCUAGAGCACUUGAGAACCUGUCCAUCUCCACCACAUCCAUCAGCACCUGGAAGGUGAGUGCCCCGAUGCCACUCAUGGCUAUACUGAGGAUGAUGCAGUAGACGAUGAGCACGCUGAACUCAGCUGAAAUGACACAAAUGAAAUUGCUCAGCCCGCAGAGAAGCACAGCCAGGCUGAACAGGUAGAUGCGUCUCCCUGUGAAGACUCUGUGUCCUGAGAGCAGCCCUGUCAAAGGGCGUAUGAAGAUGUUGAUGAACCCGAUAACAGAGAUGAGAAGGGCUGCCCUGCGUUCCUCCACCCCAUUCUGGAUGGCAUAAGGCACAAGGUAGACAUGCGGUAAUGCAAACCCCAUCAUCAUCCAGGUCACUCCAAUAGUGUAAAUCUGGUAACCUUUGUUUUGACAGAAGAUGUCAAAAGCCAGAUACUUCUGCAGCAUCUGGAAGCAUGCAGUCCUUCUGGUUUGCUGCUGGAGCUCGGGGUGGGGAGAAGAUGCUCCAUUGGAGAGCUGUGCCUCUUCUGCUCUUCUCUCUGGCCCCUCUCCAGGCUUGGGUGACUGUAGUAGUGACCCUGAUGCAAGCUGAACUGGUCUCAUGAUGGCUCCAGAAACACAACAGUUCAAUAGUAUUCCUCCAAAGAUAAGAAAAGUGUUUCUCCAGCCCAUCUCAUCCAGCAAGUAUUGAGAAAGCAGCGGCCACAGCGUGAAACCGAGAGAGACGCCAGUGGAUGCCAUGGCAUUGGCCAGUGUUCGCCACCGUACAAAGUAGUAGCCCAGCGCAGUCACUCCUGCCUGGAAGCUGAAACACGAUCCCAGACCUAAAGGUAAGAGUAAAAGAGAAAAUGACGGCGCGUGAUCCCUCUGUGUUGUCUUAAAGGGUGAAAAGAGCCCAAAUCCAGGGUAUAUCCACAGAUGACUUCAUCUGCCACUGAAGCAUUUCCCCACCUGCCAGGCUGCACAACCCCCAGUGAUUAAUACUCAGAAACCCCACACAGGAGGUGAAGAAGGAUGUUGUAAAUUACUUGUGUUCUUGGUUAAACUACUUGUGUUCUUGGGUAUACUAAAUAUACUGAUCUAAGCUGACAUUUGUCUGGGGCACGCUGCCAUUCCUAAAAUUGUUAUGGAAUUGUUCAUUAAAAAUUUGGUUUUUAUACCACA